AUGACCUUUACAAUCGAGUGUCGGCAAUCUCAUUCAAUGACAUUCAAUAGUUGGAGAUUAACAACAAUUGUUUGUGAAGAGUGUGAUAAAACAGAAAUAAUUGUUGGUCAACUUGGAAAGGAACUGGUGUUAAUUUUUUUACUUUCUGAUAUCAGAGACGAGUAUAACAAAUAUAUCAUUGAACGUGAUAGUGUAAGAAAGUUUAAAGAAAGUGAAACUACGAUCCAGGAUCUCAAAAAUGACUCAAAUAUUCGGUUUAGAAAUAAGAUGAAUUCUAAAAAUGAAGAUAUAAUUUUUAUACAUGGUAAAUCAAAUAAUCUGAUCAGAAGUGGGACAGAAAUCACCAUGACUGAUGAUGCCUUCAUGGUAAAAAAAACAAAACUACAAAAAGAAGAUGCUGGAAUAUAUUGGAUCAAUCUCGAUUUAAUUCAUUUGGGACAGAAAGCUUUGAUUAUAGCAGGCAAACCCACAAUUGAAGGACGAUCUCCACCAAAUCCUGUUUUAAAACCAGAAGAUGACUAUACUUCAAUCUUACAACUAGAAUGUCACAGUGUUUCAACCAGUAUAGGAGAUUGUCAACUGGUCAAUAACUCUAUGUAUAUAAUGUGGUAUAAAAAUGGAAUGAGAAUGACUGAAUUAGAUCCAACGUUAUCUCAAAUUAACGUGACAGUAGACCAUAAUGGUGGAUACUUUACGUGUCUGGCUACAGAAUAUCUCCCUUGUUAUGAAAGACUACAGACCACAAAACAUUUUGAUGUUUUGAAUAUUGAAGAGUGUGAUAAUGUCUCUGAGAGUAAAACCUUUUACUAUAAACCUCAACAUGCUCACAUUAAUGUGAAACUAGAGCCAGAUCAAAGGGAGAUAACUGUAAAUAAAAAUGAGGAUUUAGAAGUAAGAUGUUCAGCUAAGUGUCACCCAAAGUGCAAUGUGACAUGGGAAAAAGAUUUUCAAGUCCUUGAAUCAAAUGGUUUGUUUUUCAUAACCGAGAAUUGGUUUGGAAAAGAUUUGAAAAUUGUGAGCAUCAACAGUUCUCAUGAAGGUGUUUACGUCUGUCUUGUCAACAACACUCAUGGAAAAGCAAAGAAGGGAUUUACUUUAAGUGUUACAGAUGUUUCAAAUGGUGCAGAACUAGUGCCAGACGAAAAGGAGAGAACUGUCAGUAAAGAAGCUGAGAACAAAGUAUUAAUUCUGAAAUAUUUAACAAAGGUUGUAGUUGGUGUUGUUGUUGUAAUAGCUGCUUUCUUUACUGCUAUUGUAGUAGCUGUUAUUGUCGUUGUUAUUAUAGUUAUCAUAUACAAGAAAUAUCAGAUUAUCAUAUACAAGAAAUAUCAGAAAAAGAAAAAUUACUAUCUUAAUGUAAUACCCGAAGAAAGGUCAUCAGGAGAAGACGAAUUAAUGGAUGAAUCUUUACCAGGACAUAUAAGAGAUGAAGAUGAUUAUGAAUUAAUGGAGUUGCAUCAGGUUGAAUUGUUACCAGGAAACUUAAGAGAUGAAGGUGAUAAUGAAUCAAUGGAGUCGCAUCAGGUUGAAUUGUUACCAGGAAACUUAAGAGAUGAAGGUGAUAAUGAAUCAAUGGAGUUGCAUCAGGUUGAAUUGUUACCAGGAACAUCCAGAGACAAUUCCAGAAAUGGUGAACAAAACAACAAUCCAGAAAAUGGUACAUAUGCUUCAUUAGAGAUCAAUACUUCCAAUGUUAACAGACUUCAUGAUCCUGAAGAUGGCUAUACUAGACUUACCAAGAAACACCGCCGAGACUCCAUGCAAUGGUAUCGGAUUCUGCUGAGGAAGAAGAUCGCAAAGGAAGUGUUUCGUGACAACUAA